AUGUGGGGCACCCAGGGGCCGAGGGGAUGGUGUUCUCACCCUCGGCUGGGCUCUGCUGCCUGCCCUGCUGCCGCCGCUGCUGUAUCUUCUCCGGAUGACAGCCCACCAGUAUGUGUCUGGUGGGACCUUUGUGGAAAUCCAUACUCCAUCAGCGGCGUCUCUGAAAGAGCCGAUCCUAAGCAUCGGUCCUCAAGGAGGCCAUUGGAGCUCCGCUGCACCCCAGGGCAGUUUGCGUGUCGGAGUGGUACCAUCCAGUGCAUCCCUUCGAAUUGGCAGUGUGAUGGAUGGCCCACCUGCGAGGACGAGAGCGAUGAAGUUGACUGUCCAGGCUUGACAGGGGACCAGCGAACUUACCAUGGGAAGGAGAAUGUGGACUCCAGGCACAACCGAGGGAGAGGAGGAGAGACAACCCGCUUCCACACUGUCAAUGUGGCACAGCCUGUCCGCUUUAGCAGAAAGUGCCCAACAGGAUGGCACCACUAUGAGGGCACAGCCAGCUGCUACAGGGUGUAUUUAAAUGGGGAGAACUACUGGGACGCUGUGCAGACAUGUCAGCGGGUGAACGGGUCCCUCGCCACCUUCACUGCAGACCAGGAGCUGAGGUUUAUCCUGGCACAGGAGUGGGACUUGGAAGAAAAAACGUUUGUAAGGAAGGACCAGCGUAGGUUCUGGGUUGGAUAUCAGUAUGUGAUCACCAAUCGAAAUCACUCUCUAGAAGGUCACUGGGAAGUAGCGUACAAAGGCUCUUCAGAAGUAUUUCUACCCCCUGACCCUAUCUUCGGUACGGCUAUGUCUGAAAAUGAAAACGUUCUUUGUGCCCAGCUUCAGUGUUUCCAUUUUCCUACCCUUCGGCACCAUGGUUUACACAGCUGGUACGCUGAAAACUGCUAUGAGAAAUCUUCAUUCCUCUGCAAAAGGAGCCAGACUUGUGUUGAUAUCAAAGACAACAUUGUCGAUGAAGGCUACUACUUCACUCCAAAAGGGAAUGAUCCCUGUUUGAGCUGCACAUGUCACAACGGUGAACCUGAAAUGUGUGUGGCUGCUUUGUGUGAGCGACCCCAGGGGUGUCAGCAGUAUCGCAAAGACCCCAAGGAGUGCUGCAAAUUUACAUGUUUAGACCCAGAUGGCAACAGUUUGUUUGACUCAAUGGCCGGUGGAAUGCGUCUGAUUGUGAGCUGCAUUUCCUCCUUCCUCAUCCUCUCUCUGCUGCUUUUCAUGGUCCACCGGCUGCGCCAGAGGCGGAGAGAGCGCAUAGAGUCUCUGAUUGGAGCAAACUUGCACCAUUUUAACUUGGGCCGCAGGAUGCCUGGUUUUGAUUAUGGUCCCGACGGUUUUGGAACUGGCCUUACUCCACUGCAUCUUUCAGAUGAUGGGGAAGGUGGGGCGUUUCAUUUCCAUGAUCCGCCUCCACCCUAUACUGCUUACAAGUAUCCAGAUAUUCAACAUCCAGAUGACCCACCUCCUCCUUAUGAGGCUUCUGUCAAUCCAGACAGCAUCCUUUGUUCCCCUCCAGAUGGAGUUCUUUCUCAGACUGUGCAGAGCAGUCCUCCAUCACUAGGAAACUGUGAUGUCUCCCCACAGCUUACAGAGGGAUCGCUUCCUCCCUCAAUUGGUCCUUCUCCAGUGGAGCUGGAAGACUCUGCUGACAGCAGCACCUUUCUUGUCCCUCCUGACACACCGCUAAAUGAAAACGCACCGGCAGAAACUCUUUCGGGCAGCCGUCACAGCCACUGUUCUCUCAAUACCAUUGUAUAAAGGAGUAAAAAGCCGACUGAUGGUCAGAAAUAGUUUUAGCAACUGUUUGCACAGACAAACACUAAUCCGUGGUUUGAACUUGAGAAGGAAUCUCCACUUUGUUUUUUGAACACUGCUUUUAUGUUCUAGAUUAGGAUUGUGCCUCUCGUUUUUUGGCUGUCGUUAUUCAUUCACUAAUUGGUUUGUCCUGUAAAUAUGGAUUGUAUAACUGCUCCUUUUUUCCAUUGGCUAUGGAAAAGAGCGCAGAGGAUUCCUUUGACUUCUAAGGAGGUGAAAAAUAUGGGUAGGUUUUUUUUUUUUUUCUUAACCUGAGAGGAAACAAAAUCUACAUCAGAAGAAAGCUGCUUGGAUUUGGCUGGAUACCACUGGACCCGGGAAACAGAUGAUGGAAAAGGAGGGUGGGG